AAGUUUUACCGCUAACAUUAUUAAUUAAUGCAAAGAGUUAAUUAAACAACAAAGUGAACAGUAACAUGUAAAGCCCGUUCAUCAAUUAAAACAUCACCAGGGGGUCUAAUUUCGCACCAUACAUAUAAGAGGGAGAGAGAUCACCCCUAUGUUAUAUUUAUAGCACCAGGUAACCGAUUGGUCGGAUUACCUGUGUAGGAACGUUAACGGGUUUAUGCAUGACAGUGUGGUUAAAUACCACUCAGACACCUACCAGGACUGUUUUCGAGUAGACUUUAAGUUUACAUUUAUAUGAUUUCUUCGAAUAGGGCAGACAUCAGAACGAUGCCAUACAGCCCCUCACCCACAAGUUUCGGCCGGGGAUCACCCGAGGGGGACUCAGCGGACGGGGAUAGUGAAUAUGAGGACCCCAAUAUGCGGCGUGGACGACCCAGAGCGGAUAUUGUAAAUUCUUUGAUAUUCAAGGGAUCAAUGUCGAACUGUAGUAUUCGUUGUGAGGUUUGCAGCCGAGUGUUCCCCCGAGAGAAAUCAUUGCAGGCCCACAUGCGGACCCAUACAGGUGAGAGGCCUUACGGGUGUGACUAUCCUGGGUGUGAAAAAGCUUUCUGUCAGAGCGGGCAACUGAAGACACACCAGCGUCUCCACACAGGCGAAAAACCAUUCAUGUGUUCAGAAACAGGUUGUACAAGUCGAUUUACACAUGCUAAUCGCCACUGUUCUGAUCACCCAUACGCUACAUUGGUCCGGGUAGGAAUAGAAGUCUCAAUUAAAGAUCUGAUAGCCCUAAGAGAACAGGAGACAAACACAGAAGUUCGAGAAUGGCUCGAGAUCCAAAUCAUAUCACGCCAAGAUCGAUCUGGACACCGAAAUAAAAAUCGCAAACCCCUGAAAAGACCGAGUGAUGGUUCACCGGCUGAAGAAUCUCAACCAGAACAAAAAAUAAAAGUGGAAGACACAGAGCCGAAAUACACGGCACCAAUCACAAACGAGAACAUUCAGCCACUAAAUAACAACAAUAAUACUAUUUAUCACACCCCCAUUAAAGAGGAAAUUAAGUUUGACCCAAUGACAGUGGAUCACUCAGCAUAUAAUCCACCGAUAAUAGACUACAAGAUGCCUUUGUAUUACAAUGACUAUACACAGUAUCAUAAUAGCUAUAGCAUGCAGCCAGUAAGGAGCGAAUAUGAGAUGCAAUACCCUGUGUCACAUGACUAUCACAUGGAUCAUAAGGACAAUAUCCCGCAAGUGGAACUUUACAACAAUCCCGAGCCAUAUAACCACGAGUACACCGUCACAGAACUCCAACCCGUGUCCAACGUCAAAAUGGACCCCAAUAACGAGGAUAUUGGAGAAAUGACCCUCAGUCAGCAGACAGAUAAGUGGAUCUCGGCCUUGGCCCUUGUGGAAUUGUCCCAUGCCGAUUUAUAAUGGCAUCUGCUCAGAAAUAUCCCAACAAAGUACUCAAAGACAAUUUAUUUUUAUCUCAAGUAGAGUGAUCUUGUGAGUAAUGAUACUGAUAUUUUUCACUUUUAUUUUUUAUUAUUAUCAUGGCAUAUAUAAAUAUAUAUGAAUAUUUUUAUAUUUAAUCAUUUAGUCCCGCUGAACUCAUCUCUAUUAAUUCAUGCACAAGGACCCCUCUUUCUAUGCAUUCCUUACAAAUGAAUUCCAUACAUAGUUGUUAAAUUGUUUGUUAUGAAUAUUUUUGUUACUGCUUUUACCAGACCCAAAGCUCCACUAAUGUGCAAGAUGAAGUCUUGCAUUAGUCAACUGCUAAUAAAUUAAUUAGUUCUUUAAAACUAUACUAUGCAAGAAAUUAAUUUUCUGUUUGAGGGACAAACAGUUAAAUAUUUCUGUGAGACAGUCUCAAACUGUGAUUGAAUUUUAAGGGGAAAAAAUGGAUCAUGAAUAAAAAUUCUAUGUCUUUACUAACUUAAUUUUAGAAUUAAAAAGUGAAAACAUUUGUAGACAUAUUUUUUUUUCAGUAGAUGAAUCUGGUAAUACAUGAAUCUUACAAUUAUGCAAAAGCUUAAAUUGUAAAUCCAGAAGAAAAAAAAACUUGUACAUUGUAUUGGUUGACAAUAGCAUGGCUGGAUUUGAAAAAUUAAUACCAAGCCAUCAAUGUUGUAAAUAAAAGUAUUUAAUCAUUAGCAUUCUAUGCAACUAGCAGUGUGCCUUCUAUGUAGUAUUAUAUACCCCGCAUGUUAAUUACAUAUAUGCAUACAAUCAAAGUAUAUAACCAAUGCGGAUCAUUUUUGUCCAAACAGUAUAUACCAGAAAUCCGAACCAUUCUUUUUGCAUUUAUUAUUUUUCAAUUGAGUUUUGUUAUAUGUGUGUGUUAGUUAUAAUGAUGUCAUUAUGCGAUGAGAACAAACAAAGAAUUUUAACUGCCGUCCAAUUUCAUCAUUCAGUCAUCACCUUUAAUUGUCAUAUGUUUGAGAAUAAAUGAGUGUUGAUAUGAGUGAAUUUUACUCCUAAUGUAAUAUUUGUCAUUUAAAGAACAAUGUUUUGACAAUGACACAGUUUAACGGACACAUCAGCUCCUUUGAUCAAAUUUGAUCAAAGACUUGUGAUAUAAUUGUACAAAUUUAAAAGAAAAAAAUACUUAAAAAUAUUCAUAUGUGACAAAGAAAAUUACCAAAUAUAUUUGUAGAUUUGUUAUAUUGCUAAUAAUUGUAAAUAUUUCAAUGCUUCACUAACCAUUUAUUAUAAGUGUGAGUGUGCAAUUUCUUUAAUAUGUGUAAAUGCUUUUAUAUU